AUGUCCGUUGCGGACGCGCAGGUUCUCAUACCUGCGCUUCUGUGACGUCGCCGCAUCCAAGGAUCCCGAGGCCAGAGGAUCUGACCGAAAGUCGCCGCCCCUCAUCUCUCUCCCCGUCCCUGCCUCUCCAUCCCGAGCCCACCAUGGGAGGAUGCUUCUCCAAACCCGUUGAAGUCAAAGUGGAACUCUCGCUCCUGGAAAAAGAAAAAGAGGUGGACGGCCUUUCACCUAACGGCAAGGCGAGUCCCUUUGCCGACUGCAGACCGAACGGGGCCCUCGGACACAACUCGGACGACGACUCCGCCUUGCUCCGAGUUUACCACAAAUCACGGGACUACGUGGAAGCCUCCGUCUGUCAUGUCAAAGAUCUGGAAAACGGACAGAUGCGAGAGGUUGACUUGGGAAGUGGGAGAGCGUUGUUGAUUAAAGAACAUGGAGAGUUCUCAGCAAUGGGCCACAAAUGUCCACAUUACGGCGCACCGCUCGUCAAAGGUGUGCUGUCAAAAGGACACGUACGCUGUCCGUGGCACGGCGCUUGCUUCAACGUAGCAACGGGCGACAUCGAGGACUUCCCCGGCCUGGACAGCCUGCCGACCUUCCAGGUCAGAGUUGAAAAGGACAAGGUCAUCAUUCGAGCAAACAAGCAGGCGCUUCAGUCGCAGAAACGGUCAAAGGCCAUGGCCCGAUGCUCUGCGGUCGUGAACUGCAGCACGGGAUUCGCUCAUGUUUUAAUUAUCGGAUCAGGUCCUGCAGGUCUAGUGUGUGCAGAGACGCUGAGGCAAGAGGGCUUCACUGACCGCAUCGUCAUAUGCACCAUGGACCGACAUCCUCCCUACGACAGGCCUAAACUGAGUAAGUCCCUAGACAGCACAGCAGAACAGCUGCGGUUGCGAUCCCUGGACUUCCUGCAGGACCACGACAUUGAAUUGCUCACAGAAAAAGAGGUUGUGGCAAUAGAUGUGAAGACACGUUCCAUCACCUUUGAAGAAGGCUUGAAGAUGGAAUACAGAAAACUCUUUAUUGCCACAGGAAACAAACCCAAAGCUCUGAACUACAAGGGCAUGGAUGUCAGGAACGUGUUUCACCUGCGGACGCCUGAGGACGCCAACAGCAUAGCGAGGCUGGCCAACAACAAGAACGCUGUGAUUGUGGGAACAUCUUUUGUUGGUAUGGAGGUGGCUGCCGCUCUGACCGACAAGGCCCACUCUGUCUCUAUCAUUGGGGUUGAAUCCGUCCCAUUUAAAAAAGCCCUCGGUGAGAAAGUCGGGAAAGCCAUAAUGAAGCUCUUUGAAGCAAACAGGGUGAAGUUCUACAUGCUGAAUGAGGUGUCCGAGAUGAUUGGCCAUCAUGGACAGCUGAAGGAGGUGGUACUGAAGAGUGGCAAAGUCCUGCGAGCAGAUGUCUGUGUCAUUGGAGCAGGAUGUGUUCCUGCAACGAGCUUCCUGAAACAGAGCGGCAUUCACAUGGACUCAAAGGGCUUCAUCACGGUCAACAAGAUGAUGCAGACAAAUGUGGACGGGGUCUUCGCUGGGGGAGAUGUGGUCACCUUUCCUUUCCCGCCACGCAACAAUAAGAAGGUCAACAUUCCUCACUGGCAAAUGGCUCACGUACACGGAAGAGCAGCGGCUCUCGGCAUGUUGGGCAGAGUCACUGAGAUGAAAACAGUGCCUUACUUCUGGUCAGCAAUGUUUGGGAAGACAAUACGCUACGCAGGUUACGGAGACGGAUUUGAUGAUGUCAUCAUUCAAGGCGAUCUCGAUGAACUGAGAUUUGUCGCAUUUUACACGAGGGGCGAGGAGGUGGUUGCAGUGGCCAGCAUGAACUAUGAUCCCAUUGUGUCCCGAGUGGCUGAGGUCUUGGGAUCCGGAAAGACGAUUAAGAAACGAGAUGUGGAGAUCUUCUUGGCAAGACUGGAGAUAUUUCCUGGUUGAUUGACAAGGGCUCCCAAUAACUUCGUGUACACGAGCACGAACUCGGUGUUCUGGAUACAGGCGCUAAACGGUGCUGAGACACAAGGCAGCUAUCCCCCGUGUGAGGACUGUGACUGUUCAAGACAUCGAAACACGUCCCUGAGACUCUCUGACCUGACAGCGCUGAGUCAGCAGGACUUUGUUGACCCGUGUUGUCAUGUUUCAAGCAAUAGUGGAUUCAGCUGCAAGAUGUCAUCUACAUGUUGUACACUUUGUUUAUAACAAGCCAUGGCUGGGCGUUGGUGUUUUGUAUUAAUAAUAUCGUACAUAGCUAUAAUCACGAAUGCACUGUAACUACAGAGAACGACUAUUUGGGAUGAUGAUGAUGAUUAUUAUUAUUUUAUUGUAUUUUUUUAAAUAGUGGAAUGAUCGUGCAUGAUCAAUUUUCAAGUUUUCUGUUGGUACACCUGCUGAGAUCCAAUACAAGAGCUGGAUCAAAUAUCAUUGCCGAUCUCAGUGGACUGCGUAAAUGUUAUUGUUGUGGCUCGUGACUGAUUGAGAAACACACACGCAGCUUUAAUUUGAACUAAACAAAAGAUUAAAAUAUAACUCUUGCUAUUGACGAGACAGCACAAAAAGGUUGAUCCCUUUGAUUCCAUAAUGCUUGUAUGGUAGAUUUAAGUAUCUAGUCUAACACAAUACAGAAUGAUGAUCAUGAUGAUGCUAAUUGCUAAUAGCAGUCUCCUCCAUUGGGAUGUUUUAUUACUAACUCAGGGAACUGAUAUUUCUGGCCUCCAUGGAUACCCUGUAAUUCUUCAAGACAUUUCUUGCUUCCAUAUAUAUAUUUUUUUGUUAUUAUAUCUUUAAUGGUUCUGUCUAUAUAAAUUAGAGAAAGUGGUUAUGUACAGUACUUCAGGGUAAAACAAUGUUUAAAAAUAUAUAUUGUUCCUCCGACAAAAGGAGCA